AUGGAAAGCGUUUUCUACCUCAACCCUAGCGCAGACAGUAGUCAGAAAGAGACGUUUGGAUUUCCCUCUAGAAAUUCGCCUCCGCAAAUACAGGCGAUGCAGGACUUUGAGAAAAGGCUUCUACAUAUGAUAGAGAAGAUCAAAUUUCGGACAGUAAACUGUAAGUUUCAGCAUAAGCUUUCUUCAGACAUUCAGGAGAACAUCAUGAAAUCUGACAAGCUCUUGGUACCCACGGACAAGACUUCAAACUUUUACAAAAUGGACACACAAUCAUAUAACGAUCUACUGAAGAAAAAUAUUACUAAGACCUACAAGAAAGUAACCCCGGACACAGCGGAUUCCAUUGAGCUGAAGGCCAAAGAUAUUACUAAGAAACUACACCUAGAUGGCAGGAUAAACACCACUGCCAAACGUGAAGCCUUUAUUACUCUCAAAGACCACAAGCCUAAUUUCGCAAACAACCCCACUUGCCGCCUUAUCAACCCAGCUAAAUCUGAGAUUGGAAAGAUCAGCAAACAGCUCCUUGAAUGCAUCAACACUGCACUUGUUAGCAAGCUGAAACUAAACCAAUGGGAAAAUACUAAGGCCGUCUUAGCUUGGUUCACUGGCAUACAGCAUAAAGAGUUGCACUCAUUUAUUGCAUUAGACGUGGUAGAGUUUUACCCAUCGAUCUCCAUCGACUUGCUGGCUGCCGCUCUCGAAUUCGCAUCGAAGCAUGUCACCAUUUGCGACGACGAACGGCAUAUUAUCCUUCAGGCAAAAAGUUCUCUUCUCUACAACUCCGGUGAACCAUGGAGCAAGAGAACGUCAAUCAAACCUCUUCGAUGUGACCAUGGGCAGUUUCGAUGGCGCCGAAUCAUGUGA